AUGGCGAUGAUGUCGGACAGCGGGGCGAGCCGCCUGCGGCGGCAGCUGGAAUCGGGCAGCUUCGAGGCGCGGCUGUACGUGAAGCAGCUGUCGCAGCAGUCGGACGGGGACCGGGACCUGCAGGAGCACCGGCAGCGCAUCCAGGCGCUGGCCGAGGAGACGGCGCAGAACCUGAAGCGCAACGUCUACCAGAACUACCGGCAGUUCAUCGAGACGGCGCGCGAGAUCUCCUACCUGGAGAGCGAGAUGUACCAGCUCAGCCACCUGCUCACCGAGCAGAAGAGCAGCCUGGAGACCAUCCCUCUGACCCUGCUGCCGGCCGGGGCCGCCGCCGCCGCCGCCGCCGCCGCGGGAGGGGAGGAGGGAGGCGGCGCGGCGGGCGGCCGGGACCACCCCCACCAGCACCACCAGCACCUGCGGGGCCAGGCCGGCCUGUUCCCGGCCCCCGGGGGCGGCCCCCGCGACGGCGCGGGCCCCGGCGAGGACGGGAAGCAGCGCACGCUCACCACGCUGCUGGAGAAGGUGGAGGGCUGCCGGCACCUGCUGGAGAAGCCCGGCCAGUACCUGGUGUACAACGGGGACCUGGUGGAGUACGAGGCGGACCACAUGGCGCAGCUGCAGCGCGUGCACGGCUUCCUGAUGAACGACUGCCUGCUGGUGGCCACCUGGCUGCCGCAGCGGCGCGGCAUGUACCGCUACAACGCCCUCUACCCCCUGGACGGCCUGGCCGUGGUCAACGUCAAGGACAACCCGCCCAUGAAGGACAUGUUCAAGCUGCUCAUGUUCCCGGAGAGCCGCAUUUUCCAGGCGGAGAACGCCAAGAUCAAGCGCGAGUGGCUGGAGGUGCUGGAGGAGACCAAGCGGGCCCUGGGCGAGAAGAAGCGGCGGGAGCAGGAGGAGGCCGCAGCCCCGCGGGGGGUGCCCCCGGCGGCGGCCGCCAAGGCCGGCAACCCGUUCGAGGAGGAGGAGGACGAGGAGGAGGACGAGCCGGCCGCCCCCGAGGCGGAGGAGGAGAAGGUGGACCUGUCCAUGGAGUGGAUCCAGGAGCUGCCGGAGGACCUGGACGUGUGCAUUGCCCAGAGGGACUUCGAGGGCGCCGUGGACCUGCUGGACAAGCUGAACCGUUACCUGGAGGACAAGCCCAGCCCGCCGCCCGUGAAGGAGCUCCGGGCCAAGGUGGACGAGCGGGUGCGGCAGCUGACGGACGUGCUGGUGUUCGAGCUGUCCCCCGGCCGGUCCCUGCGGGGCGGCCCCAAGGCCACCCGGCGGGCCGUGUCCCAGCUCAUCCGGCUGGGCCAGGGCACCCGGGCCUGCGAGCUGUUCCUGCGGAACCGGGCGGCCGCCGUGCACACGGCCAUCCGCCAGCUGCGCAUCGAGGGCGCCACGCUGCUGUACAUCCACAAGCUCUGCCACGUCUUCUUCACCAGCCUCCUGGAGACCGCCCGGGAGUUCGAGACCGACUUCGCCGGCACGGACAGCGGCUGCUACUCGGCCUUCGUGGUCUGGGCCAGGUCGGCCAUGGGCAUGUUCGUGGACGCCUUCAGCAAGCAGGUGUUCGACAGCAAGGAGAGCCUGUCCACGGCCGCCGAGUGCGUGAAGGUGGCCAAGGAGCACUGCCAGCAGCUGGGGGACAUCGGGCUGGACCUCACCUUCAUCAUCCACGCCCUGCUGGUCAAGGACAUCCAGGGCGCCCUGCACAGCUACAAGGAGAUCAUCAUCGAGGCCACCAAGCACCGCAACUCGGAGGAGAUGUGGAGGCGGAUGAACCUGAUGACGCCCGAGGCCCUGGGCAAGCUCAAGGAGGAGAUGCGGGCGUGCGGGGUGGGCAGCUUCGAGCAGUACACGGGCGACGAUUGCUGGGUGAACCUGAGCUACACGGUGGUGGCCUUCACCAAGCAGACCAUGGGCUUCCUGGAGGAGGCGCUGCGGCUGUACUUCCCCGAGCUGCACAUGGUGCUGCUGGAGAGCCUGGUGGAGAUCAUCCUGGUGGCCGUGCAGCACGUGGACUACAGCCUCCGCUGCGAGCAGGACCCGGAGAAGAAGGCCUUCAUCCGCCAGAACGCGUCCUUCCUCUACGAGACCGUGCUGCCCGUGGUGGAGAAGCGGUUCGAGGAGGGCGUGGGGAAGCCCGCCAAGCAGCUCCAGGACCUGCGCAGCGCGGCCCGGCUCCUCCGGGUCAACCCCGAGAGCACCACGUCCGUGGUCUGA